GCACCUGGCGGCUCCUGGCUCCCCGCCCCGACGCCUAGAGCAGCGCCUGGAGCUGCGGCUGGAGCCGGAGUCCCCGGGGAGGAGCGGCGCGGGAGCCGGCACCCACCGCGGGAGGGGCGGCCGGAGCAACCUUGGGAGACGAACGGAGCCGCCAUGGCCGAGUUCCCGUCUAAAGUGAGCACGCGGACCAGCAGCCCUGCGCAGGGCGCCGGCACCUCCGUCUCGGCGCUGCGCCCAGAUCUGGGCUUCGUGCGCACCAGCCUUGGGGCACUGAUGCUACUGCAGCUGGUGCUGGGGCUGCUGGUGUGGGCCCUGAUUGCUGACACGCCAUACCACCUGUAUCCGGCCUACGGCUGGGUGAUGUUCGUCUCUGUCUUCCUCUGGCUGGUGACAAUCGUCUUCUUCAUCCUCUACCUGUUUCAGCUGCACAUGAAGUUACACAUGGUGCCCUGGCCCCUGGUGUUAAUGAUCUUUAAUGUUGGCGCCACCGUCCUCUACAUCACUGCCUUCAUCACCUGCUCCGCCGCAGUUGAGCUAACGUCCCUGAAGGGCACACGACCUUAUAACCAGCGUGCGGCCGCCUCGUUCUUUGCGUGUUUAGUCAUGAUUGCCUAUGGCGUGAGCGCUUUCUUCAGUUUCCAGGCCUGGCGAGGAGUGGGCAGCAACGCAGCCACCAGUCAGAUGGCUGGUGGCUAUGCCUAAAUCACCUGUGCCAUGGCCCACUCUGGGGCUGAAGCUGCUGCUGGGUCACAGUGCAGGGUCACCCGUCAAGGCCAAGGCUGGGGAACCCUGCAUGGAGUUGGCCCGGCAGGGAGUAUGCUUGCUCCCUCUGCUCAUCAGACUCAAACUCUCACGUGCUCCUAAGGAAACAGGUCCACGUUUGUAUGUAUGGGCUGGCAAGAGACCGAGGCUGAGUGAGACCUUGUCCCUAUCCCCCUUAUUCAGUGGAAGGUGACAGGGCCCACAGUCUCUGCCUAGUCUUUAGAGGACUUCAGCAUCUGGGGCCUGCCCUGCUCAGCAGCACUAAAUGCACUAACAAAACAACGGCCCUGCAGCCCCGACCUGCCGUAGCAUAUCAAAGCCGAGUAACAAGAAGCACAUAUCAGCUUAGUUUUUGUUUCAGAAGAACUCAGCAAGCUCACGAAACAUUCCAGUUCCUUAAAACACAACUCCAACCUGACCUUCCCUGCAAGCCACAUCACAUGAUUUUUGACAGCAUGGUCUUUGCCCUGCAGACAAUGCCAGCUACUUAAAGCAAAUCAGAUUUAAGUGACUUCUCAAUGAUGAAAAGCCUAUCCAGGUUUCCUCUCUCUCCUAAGCCCUUCUUUAUAAUACUCCCUUUGGGAAAAGCUAACAUCAAUGUUGACAUCAAUGGCUGCUUCCUUGACCCUGUUGAUUGGGCACAUGGGACGUGAAGGAGGGAGGGAAUCAAGACCUUGCCUGGUAAGUUGUGAUGUGGUUGGUAGUGACUUUGUUUCUUUCUUUUCUUUUUCUUUCUUUGUUUUU